GUCGUGCAAGUCUUUCCAAAUCUUCAUCCAGUGACGAACUUAUUCACCCACAUGUCUGAGGCCUUCAGGUCAGCAGCUUGUAGCUCAGAAUCUCUGACGGAGACACCGGGGAUGUAACUCAGGUCGGCGCUGUCCACUGCACACUCGUGUGGAUGGGCGAUGAACUUAAAAAGACGAGUGCGCUCACGAAAUUCUCCAAAGCGCGCUUUGAAUGACUGCAGGAGAUUAGAUGUGAAGCCCGCUAGCUGCUGAAGAUCAAGAUGUUGCGCAGGGUCACUUGCUGUGCAUGCAUCUUUAAACUCUCCCAGUUUUUCAAAGUGUAGUAAACGACCUGUUUCAAUGUCGGCGAUGAAGAGUUCUAGCUUGUUUUCAAAUGCAAACACUGCUUGUUGAAGGGAUAAGACUGUAUUUCCAACGCCUUGCAUUUUCACCGUUUCAUCGAUGCAAUUUUAUCAUUGCAUAUUAGACACACUGCAGAACCUGCUCUCUCCACAAAGGCGAAUACCUCUGUCCGUUCCUGCUGAAAAGUACGAUACUCCUCAUCUUUUUUUUUUCUUUUAGCCAUCUUCUUCGAUAAAAGGGUUUCUGCAGCUAGCUGACUACUUGAUUAAAAGGAGGGAAGUUUACUUCCUGACCUCACAACGACCCGUGUACGUUACGCAUUAUCCAAUAAAAAUUUGGAGUUGUCCCGGAGGACAGCUGUGAUUGGCUCCAGCCACCCGCAACCAUGAACAUGAGCGGUAGGAAAUGAAUGGUUUGAAAUACAUGAGAAUGUUUUAUAUUUUUAACGUUAUUAUUAUUUUUAAUUAAAGAUUUGUCUGCGAGCCAGAUGCAGCCAUCAAAAGAGCCACAUCUGGCUCGCGAGCUAUAGGUUCCUGACCCCUGCUCUAAACAGUAAAACAAAAUCCUUAAGUCGGGUUAUGGCGGAGUGUAGUUUUUUUGACUGCACUAAUAGUUCGUAAACACCACACAGGAAGUAGGAAAAGAACUACAUUUCCUAUCUGCCCUGGCUGUCACAGGCUAAUAGCACCAGCUGCUUUCCAUUGCCCUAAUGAGUGAUUCUACUGCUGCAACGAGACCAAAUACAAUGAAAGAAUAAAGGUUAGGAAGUGAAAGUGAAAGUCAGUCUCCAUUUUGUGUCGAGGGGAAAAUACACCAUUUCAGGAGUAAAAACACAGGUUUGAUUUAACACACCGAUGUUGGAGUGAAGUAAACGUGUGUCCUGCUGUAAUCUGGAGAAGGAGACAUGACCUCCAACAUGAGUGUGUCUGGAAAACAGGACUUAAAGAGAGACGAGAGAAUGAUGGAGGGAAAGAGAUCAGACUCACCAGAACCCAGCUGUGUGUCCAUGAAGAGUGACCAAUCAAUGGGUCGUCCAAUUUACUUCAGAGACGGAGCCAGUUCUCCUGAUGUGAGACCACAACAGAAGAAAUCAAACCUCAGCAGAAAUCAGCUGGACUCCAUAUUCAAGGAGCUGGAACACAAAGUCAUCUCUCUGAUAAAGAAUGAGCUGAAGAGGUUUAGGAAGCUCCUGAGUCCAGAUUACCCAGCAUGCACUGAGAGGGAGGUGCAGGAUGAGGAGGAUCUGCACAGUGUCAGAGACGGAGCGCUGAAUAUCACACUGCACGUCCUGAAGAACAUGAACCACACAGAUCUCGCUAACACACUGCACAACAAGUCUGUGGCCUCUGUGUAUCAGCCAAAGCUGAAAUCCAGCCUGAGAGAGAAGUUUAAAAGAAUUAAUGAAGGAAUCUCACAGCAUGGAAGCUCAGCACUUCUGAAUGAGAUCUACACAGAGCUCUACAUCACAGAGGGUUGGAGUGGAGACGUCAAUAAUGAACAUGAGGUGAGACAGAUUGAGACAGUGUCCAGGAGACCAGCAGCACAGGAGACACCCAUCAAAUGUAAUGAUCUCUUUAAAGACAAGUCCAUCAGAAGAGUGCUGACUAAAGGAGUUGCUGGAAUUGGAAAAACAGUCUCUGUGCAGAAGUUCAUUCUGGACUGGGCUGAAGGAAAAGCAAAUCAGGACGUCACCUUCAUGUUUCCACUUCCCUUUAGAGAGCUGAAUCUGAUGAAGCAGAAACAUCUCAGUCUGAUGGAUCUUCUUCAUCACUUUUUCCCUGAAAUGAGAAAACUACAAUUAAUAGACUCCUACAAAGUGCUGUUGAUCUUUGAUGGUCUGGAUGAGUGUCGACUUCCUCUAAAUUUCCAGAAGAAUGAGAGACUGUGUGAUGUGACAGAGUCAGCCUCAGUGGACGUGCUGCUGACGAACCUCAUCAAGGGGAAUCUGCUUCCCUCUGCUCUCCUCUGGAUCACCUCUCGACCAGGAGCAGCCAAUCAGAUCCCUCCUGAGUGUGUAGACCAGGUAACAGAGGUACGAGGGUUCAGUGAUCCUCAGAAAGAGGAGUACUUCAGGAAGAGGAUCAGUGAUCAGGGCCUGGCCGAUAAAAUCAUCUCACACAUGAAGUCUUCAAGAAGCCUCCACAUCAUGUGCCACAUCCCAGUAUUCUGCUGGAUCUCAGCCACUGUUCUAGAGAGAAUGUUGGGUGAAGCAGAGAGUGGAGAGAUCCCCAAGACUCUGACUCAAAUGUUCACACACUUCCUGAUCUUUCAGAUCAAACACAAGGACCAAAAGUACCAUCAGAAAUGUGACCCUGAUCCUCAGCAGACCAGAGAGAGUAUCCUGGCACUGGGAAAACUGGCUUUCCAACAGCUGGAGAAAGGAAACCUGAUCUUCUAUGAGGAAGACCUGAGAGAGUGUGGCAUUGAUGUGAGAGAAGCGUCAGUGUACUCAGGAGUGUGUACCCAAAUCUUCAGAGAGGAGUUUGGGCUUCACCUGGGGAAGGUGUUCAGCUUUGUACAUCUGAGUGUUCAGGAGUUUCUGGCUGCUUUAUAUGCAUUUUUCUGCUUUAUUUUUAGAAAGACAAAUGUGUUAGUGGAGCAAAGCACUGGACGUUCUAAUUUCUUCAGAAAGUCAGACAUGUCUGAUCUCCUCAGGAGUGCAGUGGACAAGGCCUUACAGAGUGAGAACGGACACCUGGACCUGUUCCUCCGCUUCCUUCUGGGUCUCUCACUGGAGUCCAAUCAGACUCUCUUACGAGGCUUAAUGCCACAGACAGGAAGCAGCUCUCACAGCACACAGGAAACAGUCGAGUACAUCAAGGAGAAGAUCAGGGAGAAUCCAUCUCCAGAGAAAUCCAUCAAUCUGUUCCACUGUCUGAAUGAACUGAAUGAUCAUUCUCUAGUGCAGGAAGUACAGACUUACCUGAACAUAGGAGGCUACAGUCGUCUCAGUGGAACCAGACUCUCUCCUGCUCAGUGGUCAGCUCUGGUGUUUGUGUUACUGAACUCAGAUCAGGAGCUGGAUGAGUUUAAUUUGAGGAAAUAUGACCCAUCAGAGGAAUGUCUUCUGAAGCUGCUGCCAGUGGUCAAAGACUCCAGAAGAGCUGAGCUGUGUGUGUGUAAUCUGACAGAGGAAAGCUGUAGAGUUCUGUCCUCAGUUCUCAGAUCAAACUCCUCCAGACUGAGAGAACUGAACCUGAGUCUCAAUAACCUGCAGGAUUCAGGAGUGAAGCUGCUCUCUGCUGGACUGGAGAACCCACACUGUACACUGGAGAUACUGAGGCUGUGUUGGUGUGAUCUGACAGAGGAAAGCUGUAGAGUUCUGUCCUCAGUUCUCAGAUCAAACUCCUCCAGACUGAGAGAACUGGACCUGAGUGGCAAUAACCUGCAGGAUUCAGGAGUGAAGCUGCUCUCUGCUGGACUGGAGAAUCCACACUGUACACUGGAGAUACUGAGGAUGUGUGACUGCAGGAUUACAGAUGAAGGUUGUGCUGCUCUGGCUUCUGCUCUGAGGUCAAACUCCUCAUCACACCUGAGAGAACUGGAUCUGUUCGGUAAUAAUCCAGGAGAAUCAGGAGUGAAGCUGCUCUCUGAUCUACUGAAGGAUCCACACUGUAACCUGGAGACACUACACAUUAAGGGUAAUAAACUCACCAGGACUGGCGUAUGACAGGAGUCUCACCUCAAACCUCUUCUCCAGGAUAAAGCAGUCUUGGUGAAGAGUUAGAACCCGUCCCACAUUUCCAGCAGUUUGGGAGCUGAAUCAUUAAACUUAAAGGGGCAGAGCAGAAACAAAGUCAAGAACAGGCAGAAGGUCGUACACAGGAGAAAUCAACACACGUAACCAAAUAUCUGCUGUACAAAGCAACGGCACCGAUCUGCCCCGGGGAUGGAGACCGACGAGGCUUAAAUACACGUCCGGAAAUGUACAGCCAACUCAUCCCAAAGGCGGGAGCAGGCGUGUACGAGAUGUGAUCGUCCAAUGGCAAGCAGGAACAUGACGCAUUGCACUGGACUGGGCUUAAAAGAGGAGGAGACAAGACACCCAUCCCUCCCCCGACAUAGACAGAUGGAACAUAGUACAAACAGAAAUACAACUGAGGACGUAACAAUGGUCAAGUAUCAAAUAAAAUGUAAACUUGCAUUGAUGAAGGUAAUGUUGUUACUAAUUGUUUAUAAAUUACCAUGGUAACACAGAGCUCCAAGGUAUAAAAAUAUGGAGUUUGUCAUCAAUCAAACAGUAACCAGUUUUAAUACCUAAAAAAGUUUACGUAGCAAAAUUUAGCAAAGCGCUUUACAGUAAAUUAAAAUGUAAAAUUAAACUAAUGAAAUGUUGUGCAGCACAUGCUUAUGUUAAUGUUUGUUACAUUAUAUGAUCAUAUAAAUAAAUAAAUACUCCCAAAGUCA